CAAACGAGGCUGCUUGACAUGAGUGCGGUAGAACAAACUGAAAACUACGAAGAGAAAGGUGACAUGCUUAUGUGCACCGCUAGCGCUCGUAAGCAGCAGGUGUCUCCUUGCUUGGCGAAUCUCAACGAAGCAAGCAAUGCUCUCACCCAUCUUUCUUCCGCGGUCGAAAGCAUCAUCAGUCCUUGUUCGAGUCUCGAAUUAUCGUUACGUCAACUUGGAGAAAAGACGGAAGACAUGCCGGCAUCAUGCCGAUUGCGUCUUGACGAAGUUGAGUGCGAUCUGUCAUGUUGGAAGGAGGUGAGAGACACUUUUCGACUUCAGUCACGUCGCUACUGGGACGUGGGAGUCGGAAAACUGUCAGAAGAAGCGAGGAAGCAGCUUGAUCUAAACGAAAAAAUCGAGAGCGAGCUUGUCAUCGUUUUCCUCCGUCAUUGUGUUAGCCGCUUGAAUGCGGUAAACGAAACAACAUUGAGAUGGAAAGAAACGAAAACAUUUCAAUGUUUAGAGUCAAAUAUCAAAGAGAUAGUAAAUGAGAUCGAGGGAUAUCGAGCCAGUGGCAUGAAGUCUUGGUACAACCCUUUCUACGAAUUUGCAAACAAUUUUUUUGAAAAUUUGUGUACAGUGACACAAGUGAUUGAGACAGAUGUAGAUACGAGUGAAGAUGAAGUGCAAGUACAGUCUGAUAUUGAAGAGAAGACUGAAAGUCUGGUUUCCUUACUUGCUCGUAUUCGUAAAUUAAUAGUGACUCUCAACAGUGCAACAUCUGAAGUACUGACCUGCUGGGACGUCAUUCGGUCAGAAAAUGAAAGAGAAUCAAAUUUGGAUGACUUUGAAGGAGAUCUAUUUCUUACAACAUUCAGAUCGUUUCUUGAUAAACUGGUAUCAUCAGGAAGUCUCCCAUGUGUUGAAUCUACAAUUACUUGACACUUGUGAUACUGAUGUAGGGAGGAUGUUGUGUGAUAUGGUUGUUGUAAUAACAAAAUACUUAUACUUGUUUAAGUAUCUAUAUUUUGAGAUACGGCUAUUGACUGUUACACAAUGACUAAA